UCGACACAAAGCAUCAGUGGGUGACUUAUUACCGGGGAAUGAGGAGCAAUUAUCACUCCCUCCGUCGCCUCCCUUUGACAUUUUAUCGGCCGCUCACAACUGGGUCAGAGCAGAUCCGGUUUCCACGGCGAUUCUCACACCAGCAGAGACAGACGGGUCGUGUGAAGAAUGUCAUCCAAAAGUGGGAGCGGUUUGGCCCAGGCUCGACGCACGGUGCAGCAGCUCCGGAUAGAGGCCAGGAUUGACAGGAUAAAGGUAUCCAAGGCCUCCUCCGACCUCAUGCGUUACUGCGGUGAACACGCCAAAUACGACCCUCUGCUCGUGGGCAUACCUGCUUCGGAAAACCCCUUCAAAGACAAGAAACCGUGCAUCCUUCUAUAAACCAACGCAGGAGGCCGCAGUACCCCUACAGCUCUGACCUAUUCACGCGCUCACAGUUGAUAAGCAGAUGACUUCCCCGCCUCGGAGCAGCUAAGAGGACCAAAGCGCUGGAUCAAACAGGCUAGCACUAAGAUUAUUCGAAGGUGGCUUUAAAAGAGCUAGGUAGCGCCUUUGUCUUUCUACAUUGUUAUCUAAAGUGAUCUUAAGGGGCUGGUGAAAAGGAGGGGGAACAGCUUGAAUAGGGAAGAGUGUUUUGGGCUAAUUAUCCCAGCAGGCGAUUCUCAGUUCGUGAAAGCUCACCUCCUCUCACCUCAGAUGUGCUAGUAAAAGGAAACUGCUUGUGUGUUGCUGAUAGUAAAUACAGAGAUGGCUUAACGGCAAAGGAAUAUCGGUAUAAAGGUCUUGUAAAAGAUUAUUUCCUUGUAUGUAUUUAAGCAAAAUUUAUCUUGGCCCAGUUCAGAUAUAUUGUAUAAGAAGCUCUUGAGGUCAAGGUCAAAAUAAGUCUCCUUCAUAUUAUAAAGCGUUUUGUUGUCUGAUAAUGAGGAAGUGCCCUAUUAGAAUGCUAAUGGUUGUUAGCUUUACAUUGAGGGCUGAAUGUCUCUGAAAGUUGUGAAAAGCACUUACGAACUCAUUGCAGUGAAUAAUGAGGAUCAGAAUGCAUAAGGUAAGUGAGAAAUAACUUUGGACCAUAGAAAAGGGUUUAAGCCGGCAUUUCGAGUGGGUGAAAACUGUGUUUUUUGAGAACCUGUUCUAGAGUGGAGAAAUCUGAGAACUCCGGUGUUGCGUUGUUGUGUGGACAAGCAAACCGCAGCUUUUGGAAAACGAUGACGUUGCGACCCCAUCGCAGCCCUUGAACUAGCCUCCACGGACCAAGGUCAUUGCCGAAA